UAAGCAGGUCACUUUUCCUACAGAUGAGUCAUUGUGAAAGAGACCAGACAGCAGCCGGCGGACACCGGAGGAGUCUGACUUCCCCUCACAUCUCACAGUAUCCUGCUGCAACACGAGACCAACAAACCCCGAGAGCUUAUCAUCAUCACCAUCACCACCACCAUCAGCAGCAGAAGCAGCAUGUCGGCACCGCAGGCGCGCGACGCACCAUCCUCCCUUCAAUUAUGCAGGAUCAUGCGGCCAGAUGAUGCCAACAUUGUGGGAAACGUCCACGGCGGCAUCAUCCUCAAGAUGAUCGAGGAAGCUGGAUGCAUUGUUGGCACGCGACACUGCAACACACAGAACGGGGACCGCUGUUUGGCAGCUCUAGUUCGGGUGGAGAAGACAGAGUUCCUGUCCCCCAUGUUCAUUGGGGAGGUCGCCCACGUCACCGCCGAGAUCACUUACACCUCCAAGCACUCACUGGAGGUGCAGGUCAAAGUCAUGGCAGAGAACAUCCUCACAGGUGCCAAAAAGCUGGCCAACAAGGCAGCGCUGUGGUACGUCCCCUGCUCCCUGCAGAAUGUCGACAAGAUCAUGGAUGUGCCGCCCAUCAAGUAUGCCAGUGAAGAACAAGAGGAGCAGGGCAGAAAGCGCUAUGAAGCCCAGAAGAUGGAAAGACUGGAGACCAAAGCAAGGAUUGAGGAGAUGGUGCCACCUACACCCAAACCAGAGGAACCGCCCAAAGAACAACACUCCGUUAGUUUCAGCCAGUCCAGUCUGAUCCAUUUGGUGGGCCCUUCUGACUGCACGCUACACAACUACGUACAUGGCGGUGUGACCAUGAAGCUGAUGGAUGAGGUCGCUGGCAUUGUAGCUGCUCGGCACUGCAACACCAACAUUGUCACUGCCUCUGUGGAUGCAAUCAACUUCCAUCGCAAGAUCCACAAAGGCUGUGUGGUGACGGUGACGGGGCGGCUCACAUUCGUCAGUAACAAGUCUAUGGAAAUCGAAGUGUUGGUGGAUGCUUCCUCGCUGGUGGAGAUAGGCGUAGACAAAUACCGCGCUGUCUCUGCCUUCUUCACCUUCAUCUCCCUGGACAAGGACAAUAAGCCUCUGCCUGUCCCUCCUCUUAAGGUUAACGGAGAGGAGGAGCAGAGGCGUUUCGAGGAGGGCAAGGCACGUUACCUCCAGAAUAAAGCAAAGAGACUCACCGACAAGGUGCCCCAGCAGUGACGCCGCUGCUCACCAGAGGUCACCGUCUGCAACAACAGUAUAUCAGACCCACACAACACAUACAGUAUGAAGGAAAUAAAAACAGUCUCUGCUCUUCUGUAAUUGUAGCCUCCUAUUAAACCUGAACCUGUGAUGAUUUUUUUUCCUGUGCUAUGCACCAAAGUGUCCACAUGUAGUUGUAUAUGUAUUGUGAAUGUAUGUAUGAAGACUAUUCAUGACCACUGUCAGUGCAAAGUGACAGUCUGACUGUAGAAGUACUAUUUUCUUUAAAGAAGAUUUUUAAGUAUGAAGACUUCAUGAUUGGUGUCAGUGCACAGCGAUAGUCUGAGCGCAAGGAAAAUGAUGAAUAAGUGAGUGAAUAAUAAUGAAUAAAAGAUCCAAGCGUGAGUCUGGGGCUCUCGCCUCGUGUCCUUGCUAGUUUGAUGUUGAUGAUGUCAUUGUCUUGGGCAUGCCUUGGCAGAGAGGGCACACGCUAUCCAUCUUUUCAGCACUGUGUCUUUCACAGAGAAAUCAGGGGAGCUCGGGGGCUUUGACUCAACUUGCAUCUCUCCCACGCCCGCCCUUCCCCCUCCCCUCUCCUCCUCUCCUCUCUGCUCUCCUCCUCCUCUGCCUGUCUCUCACACUCUGACUCCAGUGUUCGCUCUGCCUUAACGUGCCCUCCUGCUUACCGUCAUGUCCUCAUCCUUCUCCAUUCUCUUGCAAUGUCACUUCCUUCCUCCUCUCAUUCACUCUAUUUGUCCCUCUGUCUCCCCCAGUCUUCUCACUGUCUCCCUCCCUUUGUCUGCACAUGAGAUGUGAGGACUCAGAGCUAGAAAGAAAUGUGUCUGCAUGGGCAUCUUUCUCUUUGCGUAUCGCCUGUGCAUUUGUGCACAAAGAAAGAUCAAAAAGAUGAAUUGAGGUCAACAGCAGCCAGUGAGAAAUCAAUAUCCAUAUGACCAUGCCGGCACUGAAACGCUGUGAUUAUUAAUUAACCUGCCAUA